AAGCGAUCUAGAAGCAAGUGAAGCCCACCAAACGCCCAUAGAUGAAAUAAAACACAGAAGAAACUCCACCAAAGCAUCCAUGCCACCAAGCAAGCAACAUCAAUUGAGACUGUUGAAAUGGCAGCUGUGGCGCCGGAAUUCGCGUUUCUGUCAAUUUACCAAUUCAGCCCAAUAGCGGCAGAAGAAUUGAAGAGAAGCUUUGAAUCUACCGCAUUGGGCAAAAGAGCCAUAUGUGAAUACGACCGUAACAAAGACCUCUUUUAUAUCAGGUUUCUAGAUGCAUCCGAACCACAGGCAGAGGAGAUAUUUUACUCGUUCAUAGACGUCUUCAAUAGAUAUAUCCAAGCUGAGCUUGGGAACGAGGAAAGCCAGGAGAGCACAAAAGUUAGGCGGCUGGAGGCUACGCUCCCUGAAAGAUACGACGUCAGCGACGAGGAUGCCGAAGAGCAGGAGGAUGCCUCGGGUCAACACGAAGAGUCGUCCGUAGAAGCUUCAGAGGCGGGCGGCGAUGCCUUUGUGCUUUCCUGGAAACCGCAAGACUUAAAACUUCCUUUGGUGCAGGUGUUCAGUGACGAAGUCUUGAGCAACAUCGGGACCUUAACUAGUUGUGCGCUGUCCGUGGAACCAGGAAAAUCGGUAAUCGCUAUUUCAAGUUCUAGUGAGCAUGGACUGCAAAUGGCUGAGUCUAGGUUAGACAAACUCUGGCAUGACUCUUGCACACGUCCUCUCGCAAUACACCUUAUAAAUUGCGAAGGUGAGGCAGACCAUAUGUCACAGUUCUUCCCUCUCAAGAAGCUCGAGAAGAGACUUACCAAAACCACCCUGGUUGGCCAUGUGCCUCAUCUUCACAAGAACUUGCCCAAUCUACUCGUCUUGCGGAUGCUUAAGCUCGACAAAUCAAGCCAGCAGUAUCUUGUAACUAAAUAUAAAAAUCAGCCAGUUCUGCCGGAGGGGAAAAGGACGACAAUGCCGCGCGUUUGGGGCGGAUUCGUCUUCAAACCAGCUGGAAGCAGUAUACCUUAUAGACUUCAUCCGCCACCACUAUCGCGUCCUCAAUCACCGCAGAAGGUCCCUCAAACUCCUAUUGCCACUGAACCUGGCCACGGACGCGGCAUGACGGCAGAGAAAGCCGCCCAGGUGCAACAGUGGGUUCAGCAGGGUGCUGAUGCUCUUGAAGACCCGUUUACUGCGGAUCUUCCAAGUCCCAAUAUAGAGGAGAGUUUGGAGAAGGCCAAGAAAUCGGAAAGCGAGGAGCAAUCGCAGACUCUUCUGAAAACUGAUUUACAUGCAAAUUCAGCCGUCCCAAGCCAGACUUCACCGCUCGAGCAAACUGUGGAAGAUCCUCGUCUUGACGAGAUUAUACCCCCAACCAAGCCAGUUGCAUCCUCUCAUCCAAACGUACCUCGUAAGCGGUAUGGAAAGAUUAGAAUCCCCAAGGGAAUGAGAUCAACGAUUCCUGAGCCCGAGCAAGACCCAGAACCAUUGCCGUCUUUGGGGGAUGAAUUGGCUGCAGAAGCUCUACCGUCAGAUUCGAGUGCAGUUCAGGACCGAGCAGAUAGUACCGCAGAUGUAUCACUGGCACGCCGCCCAGCAUCAUCUCGGCAGGCAUCCUCAAAUUCCUCGCGGCGAUCAACGCCGUUUCAGGAGGUUCGCGCCUUUCAUCCGCCAUCUGAACCGAUAACGAAUGGUCCACUUGUCCGGACCAUUUCGUCGGCGGCACAGGAAAUUCCAUCUAGCGAACCGCAUCUGAAACCCUCUGCGACGACGUCUGAGAGAGCAUCCGCACAAGCAUCCAUUUCCGGUAGCCUAGUUGAUCUGCUUGAGUUUCGUGAUGCAUCGAGCCGCGAAGACACUGGAUCACAGACUGAGCAGCCAUUGUUACUAGACCUCGCAGACGAUGGAAGAGGUUCGAAUGGUGGCAUCGCGAAAGGAUUGCUCGCUGGUAGUUUGCUUCCUUCUCUGAAUACAGCGCCAUUGAUUCCAAGGGUUGCGUCGAGAUGUGAAAGUCGCGCAUCUAGGUCGUCCAAGCUCAGCUCAGAGCAAAAUAUUUUGGGGGAGCGAUUGCAAGAAACAAGUGAGGUAGAAUCGCGGACUUUUAGAAAGACUAUGGAACAACAAAAAGCCCCCGAGGAUGAAGAUUUUACCAACUUGGAGAAAAACAUUGCGCAAGCUCAAACAGACGGCAUGAAGCUAUUGGAAUAUGCACAAACGUACAGCGGAGAGAUCAAACUUCAGGUUGACAUUGGGAGGAUCCUAGUGGAUGGGGUUCAGAAAAAGUUUCGAAAGAUGCCAUUCGUGGAUGAAGAGUUUGAGGAAAUUUUCGCAGGCGUUCAGGGUCAAAAUGGGCCACUGCCUACGGCAUCAUUUGUGAAGAUGCUUACUACAUCCUUUAUUGACGCAGAGUUCAUUACAGACUUGAAGUCUGCUGGUGGUCAGCGUCUUUUUCAAGAUACACCCCAUGAAUAUAGGAUCACAUAUGAGUUCAAUUGUCUGAUGAGAGAUAAUACAUCCAUUAUGAUUGAGGUGGAUGAGGAUCUGGAAUUCGAGGUUAAAAAGCAUCCCACUACCCUCGGAACCAUAUACACUCAUUUUCCGAAACGAAGUUGGGACACGCGACUGGCAUUGACAGGAACGGACUUUGUCACGGACGCCGAAGUUUCAGAGGGUCCGAUCAAAUCUAUUGUCAAGAAUAUCAAUAUUCCCCCUGGACGAACAUGUCUCGACCUCGUGACGCAAAUCAAUGGCAAGGCACUGCGCAUUCAGAGUGUCAUGCUCCGGCGGCAAGCGAAUUAUGCUUCUCGACAAUUUCCUCAUGUUAUGCUCAAUGUGACAGAGGUCCAAGAUCUCUGUAUCCAGGUCAAUAAAGACGACAAGGACAUGGUCCGGGCAUGCGCGAUGCCUCAAGAGCAAAUGGUCAAUGAUGACCGCCUCUGGUACGAGGUUGCAGUUACAAGUAGCCGCGCAGACGAAGUCUUUCGAGAAAAUCUCAACAUCCCGCCGGGGGAUAUGGUUAAAUGGUCCCCGUCUGAGUUUGUGGACAAGGACAUAUUCGACUCUCUCAUUCGCGUCGCCAGUGAUGUAGUCCAGCGGAUCGAUUCGGUUGGUCUCAAUCAGCCAGGCGUCCUAGCUUCUGGUCCCAAUCGCAGCGACGAGAGCGCAGGGCCCCCGCCGACUCUGCAUCUUCCUGUCGCCCCGCCGAUGGCAUCAGUAGCGACUAUUGGUCCUAAUGGUGAAAUCCGUGCUGGUAGAGAUUUCUGGUAGGAUAUUCUUUACGGAAGUACGAACAAUAUAUGCAUUCUAGGCGCUGAAAAAAAAAAGUUGUUCAAAAAUGCAUUUGGUCUGGAUUACUGCUUCCCCCCUCCCUAAACUGCUUUAUUUCUUCCGUGCAUUUCGAGCAUUUCUAGCAGCGUGGUUACGACUGAUGACCCUCUUCAAGAAUUACCCCGUAAACUAGGUACCUUGGGCAGCUUCAAAUAAUAUUUACGUAGAACAAGCAGACAUCCCUGUUACAGUACUUCUUUUGAUGAGAAUGAUGAAGUGAUUGGGUGGGUGGUUUGGGACCGGCGACGCAGAGCAGGCCAUUUCUACACGGUCGUUUCGGGCAUUCUUACAAGUGUGAGA